AGUUGGUGUAUUUCCGUCGCCCUACAGUGAGACUGCACGGUUGAUAGUCAGAUAUGGACAGACUGUCAAGGCAAACCGGCUCCGGUCCGGCUAGACUGGAGGAGGGCAUGUUUUGUACUGCUUGCGCAUGACCUUGACAUUGUGUUGACGCCUUGAGAGUAAAGGAUUGUGUUGAUAACCGCUCAGAUUGAAAAAUGAUGCGAUAGACGGGCAAAAUGGCAGAUCAAGCUGCUCAUGAGGGGAAGAUAUGUAUCCGUUUCCGCCAAAGACUGAAAGAGCCAGACUACCGACGGAAAUUCGUCCACUCUAUUGUUUUGUUCAUAUCGCACAUGGUUCUGGGUUUACGCAUUGCCCAACAUCAAAUUGCAUUCUUGGACAUGGCACAGAUCACUGGCAUCAACCUGGAACAGGCUUCCGUCUACUACACUGCCAUGUCAGUGGGCAGUUUCGUGGGGACCAUAACCAUGGGCUUCCUGUUCGACAGAUUGACCAAUCACAGACCUCUCCUGCUGGCCAGCGCCAACAUCGCGGCCGCCGUCACCACUGCAGCUGUUCCGUGGAGCACCAACUAUUUCCUGACAAUAUUUAUAUUCUUUCUGAACACUACCUUCUGUACAGCUUUCGACACAGGUGGAAACUCGGACCUAAUGAGUACCUGGGGUGUUGAAGGCAAAACAUAUAUGCAAUUUCUCCAUUUUUCCUUUGCAAUUGGAACUGUCAUAUCUCCCCUCACAGUGGAACCCUUCUUGUUGGAAAAAGGAGCUAUCAACACCACAUGCCAUCACACCAUCAUGACAGAAAAUAUAUCAAAGUUAAAUGACAUUCAGCCAGACAGUAUGUACCUGAGGUAUUCAACUUUAAACGCAUCCAAUGACACAGUUAGUUCCAGUGGCUGCCCACAACCAAAGACUCGUGUACAGUUUGCCUAUUUAAUUGCUGGAAUACUUUCCCUGAUGUCUGGUAUUCUUAUCUACUUGGAAUCAUGUCUAAAUAGGCGAACGAUGACCUCUGAUUCCAAGGCCAAGGACGAUCACCGUAACCCUCGUGUCCUUCCAAGAUGGCUGACAGGUCUUGUCCUUGCUCUCUUAGCUCUGAUGAACUUCUUCCAUUGCGCAUGCGGCAUGGUCAUUAUUGGCUACCUAAUGGUGUUCUGUGUUUCUGAACGAGGUUGGAGUAAGGACAGAACUGCACAGCUUGCAUCCGGGUUCUGGGCAGGCGUAGCUGCAGCUAGGCUUCUGGGCGUCUUCAUCAUCCGAUUUCUGGCUCCGGCGAAGCUUCUCUUUAUCUGCAACGCCACUGUGACACUGACUUUGGCAGCGUUGUGGCUAAGCGUGGUUGUGGACAGUGAUUCUGGUUUCACUGUCUGUAUCAUUGUUGUUGCUGUUGGACUCGGAAUUAUCUUCCCAACCGGGAUUUGCUUCGUGGAGAAUGACAUAAUGAAGGUUACAGGUGUGGUAACGUCGAUCAUCAUGAUCGCCGGACACUGUCAGGGGAUGCUGAAUCCCCUGUUGCUAGGCUACCUGAUGCAGGAGGUGUCCAUGAUGUGGUAUGUGUACUUGUCGUUUAUUGAUGAAGUCAUCUGUUUCUUGGCCGUCAUUGCGCUGGUCAUCGUGGUGAAGGUCCUGGUGUCCAGGUACGGCGUGGAUCGGGAACCACGGCUAGAAGCUGAGGAACUACGGGAGAAGGAUUCAGAUAAGACUGAUGAAAGCGUUACGGAUGACGGGUAGCAUCUUGUGACGUAAGAAGUUAUCCUAACAAACAUAGGAAGACAUUGACUUCAUUUGAAGAUUAUUUAGGGUACACGAGACUUCAAAUUUAUUGUGGAAAAGACGAUGAUGAAUAUGCUGAUGAAGAAAGCAGCGUCAGAGAUAGCUUGUGACAUACGCCUUGAUCUUAUCCAAAGUUUGUGAGUGAGUGAGUGCGUGAAUAAGGUUUUGCACCACUUUUAGCAAUAUUCCAGCAACUUUCCGGCGGGGGACACCAGAAGUGAGCUUCACAAUUUGUACCCAUUUGGGGAAUCAAACCCUGGUCGUCGAAGUAACAAGCGAGCGCUUUAAUUAUAAGGCUACCACCACCGCUCCUCUUUAACAUUAUACGAUGGCCUCAUUUAAUGAAUUAUGAGGAGGUGAUAUGUCUUUGAGUCGUUUAUUGAUUGGUCUGUUUCUUAGCUGUCUGUCAUGGUGAAAGUUCUAGCGUUCAAGGGGGCGGUGGAUUGGCCUCGUGGGUUCGCUCGUCACGCCGACGACCCGGGUUCGAUUCCCCACAUGGGUGCAAUGUGUGAAGCCCAUUUCUGGUGUCCCCCGCCGUGACAUUGCUGGAAUAUUGCUAAAAGCGGCGUAAAACCCAACUCACUCACUCACUCUGGUGUUCAGGCUAGACGUGGACUACUCUAGCGGAAACUGGCACUGGGAGAGAAUAGGAUUCUAAUAAAACUGAUGAAAGGUUACAGAUAUCGUACAUGUUUCAUCAACAAUUUCAGCCUUUAAACCAGUGUAAGGGUGUUUGCGAAAGAAACUGACGUCAUCGAAAGGAUUUCAUUUGGUAUAAAGGUCUAGUCAAAUACUA